ACAUUACACAAAAUUAGUAUAAGAAGCCCAAGUAGCCAGGGUAAGUGGGCCUAUAUGCACCGAAAAAAUAGUGUGUGAAUUGGAAUCAGAUGCACAACUUGUUUGUUUUUCUUUCCUUUCGCGGUUUCUUGGAAACAAAACCAUUCCAAUUCGAUCCUUCGUUGAUCAAUCUUGAGAAAUUCCCUCGCCCUCUUCUUCAUUGUACUGUUGUGGUUCUUGUUCCUCGUAAGUAAUAACGUGUCUUCUAUGUGCAUGUUCUUCAUGAACAAUGGCUAACACAUAUAUAGUUUGAAGGUUGAUAUUUAUUUUCAGGGGACAUAACAUAAUGAGCAGUGUGAAGGGAAAGGAGAAAGAGAAGGAUGUGGAAGUUGUAAUAACAACAAGAGGUGACACUGAAUCAUUAACUACUUAUUCUUCUUCUUCUGGUGAGAGAGCGUGGUUGCAUUCUGCUGAUGGUAGAACUAAAUGUCUUCAUCCCCCUAUUGAAACGCAUUGGGAACUCCCUUCAUCAGGUGCCAAGAAGCCUUCUUCGUCAUCAUCAAGCUUCAAGUCACUCUUCACCUUCCCUCUCACCAAACUCAGAAGGACCAAGAGCAUGCAAACCGUUCUAGAAGGACCUCGCGAUCCAAAAGAUGCUCAGAUUGUUGAGUCCUUCCGCAGAAUGCUCUUUCUUGAGGGUCUCUUACCCACCAAGCACAAUGAUUAUCAUACUCUUUUGAGGUUUCUUCGCAUGAGAGAUUUUGACAUGUUGAAAUCCAAAGACGUAUUUCUCAAUUAUCUGAAAUGGCACGAGGAAUUUGGAGUAGACAUGCUUCUUAAGGAAUUCAAAUACCCGGAGUACACAGAAGUAAAGAAAUGCUAUCCUCAUGGAUACCAUGGGGUUGAUAGACAUGGCAGACCAGUAUACAUUGAGAGACUUGGGAUGGUAGACCUUAACAAGCUGGUGCAAGUAACCACAUUUGAGAGGUUCAUAAAGUAUCAUGUGUCAGAACAAGAGAAAACAUUGAGAAUAAGAUACCCUGCAUGUUCAAUGGCAGCUAAAAGGCACAUAGCAUCCACUACAAGUAUCUUGGAUGUUAAUGGAGUAGGAAUGUCUAAUUUCUCAAAGCCAGCAAGGUACCUCUUUAUGGAAAUUCAGAAAAUCGAUAGUAGUUACUAUCCUGAGACUCUUCACAAGCUCUUUAUUAUCAAUGCUGGAUCCGGCUUCAAAAUGCUAUGGAAAGCCGUUAAGACAUUCCUAGAUGUUCGCACAGUAGCAAAAGUUCAAGUGUUAGGUUCUAAUUAUCUUAGUGUGUUGCUUGAGGCUAUUGAUAUAAGUAAUUUGCCAAGUUUUCUGGGUGGUAAAUGCACAUGUUCUGAUUAUGGAGGAUGCUUAAUGAGUGAUAGAGGUCCAUGGAAAAAUCCAGAUAUAGUAAAAAUGAUUGAGGUCAUAUCCUUGAGAGAAGAGACGGAUAGUAAAAAUGAUUCAAAUAAUGGUGAUGUGGCUUCAGAAGAUUCUCCCUCGAUGCCCAAAAAGGGUGACAUGGGAAACCAAAAUGACUUUGGUUUUAAUCUAGCUCCACUUGCUGAGUCAGCAUGUGCUGGAUCAGACUCAAAAUAUAAGUUAGCAUUGCAAAAAAUUAAUGGCCUGGAAGCUGCUCUUGGAGACACCAAGAAUAAAAUCGAGACACUGGAAGAGGCACUUGAGGACGCCAAGAUGGCCUUGAAAGAGUUCGCACAACAUAUAAUACAGCCGAAGCUAUGAAAAUGCUAGUGUUGUUGACGUUGUUGAAAUGAGAGUUCAACAGAGACCACUGCGUAUUCUAAAAAUAUCGGGGUGGUUUAUAGAGAAAGAUAAAUAAGAAAGAAUAGUUUUCCGCAGUUUAGUCGGGGUGGUUUAUACAGCAGUGACUAAUUGGUUUAAACAUGUAUCCCAUAAUGUUCCAUGUUUAACAUAGGCAUAUAGCCAACCUGUGUAUCCCCUUUUCUCUCUUUUCCUCUUUUUCUUUGGACCAACGGCUACAUUCUUAUAGAGAUUCCUCUCAUGAAAAUAUGCAUAUUGACCUU